CACGGACUUCAUAACUCACCCACCUAAUUUUACUUGCAACGACCGUGCUAUCUACUUAAAUUACUAUAUAUAUAUAUGUAUCCAUACAUAUGUGAAUUCCCAUUCCUGAUACCACAAAAGAAAGCCCCAACUAAUGGAACUAUUGUUAGCUUUAGUGUCCUCUAUCAAUGGUGGUGGCGGAAUAAUGAUGCCUGUAAUUCUCCUGAUACUGUUUUUCUAUGCUCUCUUGUGGUUUAUAUCUCGAAGAUUAUUAUUGAGUUCUGAACAUCGGAAGAAACCGCAGCCCCCUGAAGCCAGCGGCGCCUUGCUGGUGAUUGGCCAUCUUCAUCUACUAGGUGGGUCAGAACCUGCACACAAAAUCUUAGGGGCUAUGGCGGAUGCUCAUGGACCCAUUUUCACGUUGAAAUUGGGAGUGCAUAAAGCGGUGGUUGUGAGCAGCUGGGAAAUAGCGAAAGAGUGCUUGACUACAAAUGACAGAAUAUUUGCAUCCCGCCCUAAGCUCACUGCCGCAAAGCUUCUAGGCUACAAUAAUUCCAUGUUUGGGUUCAGCGAAUAUGGUCCAUUCUGGCGCCACAUGCGCAAAAUAACCAUGCUUGGGCUCCUCACGAACAACCACAAGAAGCAGCUCGAACUCAUCGUAGAAUCGGAGAUUCGGAGUUCGAUUGGAAAAUUAUAUGAUUUAUGGGUCAAUCACAAAAAAAGUAAGGGGGAAGCGUUAUUACUGGUGGAAAUGAAGUCGUGGUUUGAAGACAUAACUCUUAACACCAUGUUUAGGAUGGUGGUUGGAAAGCGAUUCUCCACUGAUUUGGAAGGCAGUGGAAAUCAAGAUUACCGAAAGGUGUUCAGGGAAUUUGUUAACUUGUUUGGGGAUUUUGUUCCAUCGGAUUCGUUUCCAUUUUUGAGUUGUUUUGAUUUGGGAGGGUAUGAAAAGUCCAUGAAGAAAACGGCUAAGGUGCUGGAUGAAGUGCUUGAUAAAUGGAUCAAAGAGAAGAAGAAUUCAGGUGAUCAUGAACAGGAUUUCAUGGACUUUUUGCUUUCCGCUGUUAAAGACGAUGAAGAACUUUCCGGCUAUGAUGGAGACUCGAUCGUAAAAGCUAAUUGUUUGAGCCUGAUAUUGGCUGGAUCCGACACUACAGCAACAACAAUGAUAUGGGCUCUUUCUUUACUUCUUAAUAAUGAAGAAACACUGAAGAAGGCCCAACUUGAAUUAGAAGAACAAGUUGGGAGACGAAGACAAGUAAAAGUAGCAGAUAUAAAUGAUCUAAUAUAUCUUGAAGCCAUUGUGAAGGAAACAUUACGUUUAUAUCCUGCAGCACCACUAUCGGUCCCUCAUGAAUCUACAGAAGAUUGCAACAUUCUCGGCUAUUAUAUCCCUGCAAGGACACGCCUAAUAGUAAAUCUUCAAAAGCUACAAAGAGACCCAUUAGUUUGGGAGGAUCCAAAUAAAUUUCAACCCGAAAGAUUUCUAACAGAUCAAAAAGACUUGGAUGUCAAAGGACAAAAUCCCCAAUUGAUUCCAUUUGGAAGUGGUAGAAGGACAUGUCCGGGAAUAUCAUUUGCCCUCCAAAUUAUGCCUCUAGUACUUGCAAAUUUUAUUCAUGGGUUCGAAAUUGUAAGGCCAUCAAAGGAACUACUCGAUAUGGAGGAGAGUGUUGGAUUGAUUAGUGUUAGAAAAGAUCCACUUGAAGUUGUUUUAACUCCACGCCUAUCAGCACAAGAUUAUAAAUGAUUUUGCAAUAUGGAAGUGAAUAUUGUUUUUUUCGGUUAGUUCAAUAUGUAGAAUUUGAGAAUUCGUUGAACCUCUAAUUUAUGGGUUGAUGGUAUAUGCCUAAACAUGUUUAGCAAUGAUCAAGUAAUAAAAUGUUUGAGUGCUUUUUUUUUAAA